AUGGAGUUGACGCUGGUAGGCUUGCAGUACUCUGGCAAGACGACAUUCGUUAAUGUAAUCGCGUCAGGCCAGUUCAGUGAGGAUAUGAUUCCAACAGUGGGAUUUAAUAUGAGAAAGAUUACAAAGGGCAAUGUGACCAUUAAGCUAUGGGAUAUUGGUGGGCAGCCCAGGUUCCGUAGCAUGUGGGAACGUUAUUGCCGAGGAGUCAAUGCUAUUGUUUAUAUGGUGGAUGCAGCUGACCAUGACAAGACGGAGGCAUCAAGGAAUGAGUUGCAUAACUUACUAGACAAGCCACAGUUACAGGGAAUUCCUGUAUUGGUACUCGGAAACAAACGAGAUCUGCAAGGAGCUCUUGAUGAGAAGGAACUUAUUGAUAGAAUGAAUUUAUCUGCUAUUCAAGAUAGAGAAAUCUGUUGUUAUUCCAUAUCGUGUAAAGAGAAAGAAAACAUAGAUAUAACCUUGCAAUGGUUGGUGCAGCAUUCAAAGUCUGGUGGGCGAUUAGGAAAAACAUUCAUGAAUGAACAGUCACGCGUGCUCAACAUUUUUUUCUUUCUUUCCAUUCCAUGCCCCCCGACCCCUCCCACCUCCUUAUUUUUCAUUUGUCUUCUUUCUUUUAUGCUGCCUCCUCCUCCUCCUAAGCAAUCUUUCUUUUUUUCUUCCCUUUUUUUUUAA